AUGACUGAGGGAGCAUCAUUAAAGGAACAAUUGCUUGAUGCAUCUAGAAGAAAUAACGCAGAUUUGUUGAAUGCUGUUCUUGAAACAUUGGAUGGUGAUAAACAGGCUAUCCAGUCUUUAAUAAAUGAUUCUAAGGACCCUUUGGGAAACACAGCCAUCCAUUUGUGCAGUAAGUAUGGAUCGUGGGAUGUUCUAGAUGUACUAUUGGAUCAAGAGGGGGUUGAUGUCAACCAGCAAAAUUCAAUUGAUGGCGAUACCGCACUACAUUUAUGUGUAAAUUACUCUCACGAUGAACCAGAAUAUGGUACAUUUAUUGCUGAAAACUUGAUAGAAGUUGGUGCCGAUCCAAGGAUAAGAAACAAACGCGGGCAGACUCCGCUGCAACUGGUUCACAGUGAUGAAUUGGAAUCUUUGGUAAAUCUAUUGCAAGGUGCAGAAAUUGCAGCGGACAACAAAGGUAAAAUAAUUAACGAAGAAGAUGCAGAAGAGAUCGACGAUGGCCCAGAAGAUGACUAG